CUUCACUUUUUUAAGUUAAAUCAAAAAGGUUUUUUUUAAAGUGUAAAAAUAAAGGAUUGUUUACAUUGUGGUCUGUCUAAGGCUAUUUUUAAUGCUUUGUUUGCUUAUUCUGAAUUGUUUUUCAGAUUUUCAUUCAGCAGCGUCUCUGAAAGUGAGUCCUGACAGAGUGCAGCACUUCACUGGAGAGUCGCUGACGCUGAUUUGUGACGCAAAUUCUACUGAGUGGAGAGUGAGGAAGUUUUCUAAAUCUGGCUACCUGACACACUGUUUUUCUUGGGGCAUAGUGGGUAGAAACACAUGCUUCAUCAGUGGGUCAAAUAACAUUGAUGGAGUCUACUGGUGUGAGUCUGAAACAGGACACUUCAGCAAUGCAGUCAACAUUACUGAAUAUAGUGGUGAUAUUAUCCUGGUGAGCCCCACCCAUCCUGUGACUGAGGGAGAUUUUGUCACGCUUGGCUGCAAGUUUAGGAAAGAAAAUGUUUUUUCUGACGUGGAAUUCUAUAAAAAUGACAAACUCAUCCAAGCAGACACCAGAGGGGAGAUGACUAUCUCUCCAGUGUCAAAAUCAGAUGAAGGCUUUUAUACGUGUACAGGAAAAGAUUCACAAGUCUGGCGCACCUGGACGUCGCAAGACAGUUGGAUGUCAGUAAAAUCUUCUGAGCCUAAACAAAAUUCUCUAUUUUCCAUCCUCAUGAUUGUUGGGCUGCUUUGUGGAGUUUUACUGUUCAUUCUCCUGCUGCUGUUCCAGUAUCGCUACAGAGAGUCAAAAGGUUCAUGCUUCAAGGGGAGUCAGAGCGCCAAUCAGGUCCCUGCUACAGACCAGGCUGAAACUGAAGGCAGACAAUAUGUUACUCUUCUUCAUGGUAAUGUCUGUCUUUAUGACACAAUCAGAGGCUCUGAGGAAGCUGAACAUGGGAGGAAUAAUGAGCCAGAGGAGAAUGAAUACAUAAAUAUGACGACAAGAUCAGCUACAGGUACAGUACAAAAGCUUUCUGUUGAGUGCUGUGCUGCCAAAAGAUGGCCCAAAUUUUAUCUCAUGUAAAUUAUUCGGCACUAAAAUAAACAGUUGUAUUCAAAAAUAGUCUGUAAUAAUAAUUAUUACAUGUAAUGAAAAUGCUAGAAAAAACCUGAUUAUUCUUCAAUAAUCCUAAAUCUUUCU